AUGCAUUUCACACCUCUGUUUGUUACACUGAGCAUAGCUAGCCUUGUGCUCGCCGCACCUGGGAAAUCACUAGUCAAAAGGGCUUCAUCCUUCCUCUGGUUUGGAUCCAAUGAGUCCGGUGCAGAGUUUGGAAACCAGAAUCUUCCAGGAGUACUGGGAACAGAUUAUAUGUGGCCAUCCACGUCAGCAAUCCAGACUCUACGUAGUGAUGGAAUGAAUAUCUUCCGCGUAGCUUUUGCUAUGGAAAGAUUAGUUCCAGGAACACUGACGUCUAGUAUGGAUGCAACAUACCUUUCAGACUUGAGAAACACUGUCAACUACAUCACCUCCACUGGUGCUUACGCUGUUCUUGAUCCACACAACUAUGGGCGCUACUAUGGUAGCAUCAUUUCAUCAACAAGUGAUUUUGCGGCAUUUUGGAAAACUUUAGCGACAGAAUUUGCAUCAAACGAGAAAGUCAUUUUUGAUACAAACAAUGAAUUCAACUCGGAGGAUCAAAUGCUUGUCCUACAACUCAAUCAAGCCGCCAUCGACGCUAUUCGAGCAGCUGGUGCCACCUCGCAGUACAUAUUUGUGGAAGGGAACUCUUGGACCGGAGCUUGGACAUGGGCCACCGUCAAUGACAAUAUGAAGAAUCUGACAGACCCGGAAGAUAAGAUCAUCUAUGAGAUGCACCAAUAUCUCGACUCCGAUGGCUCCGGCACCUCAGAAACUUGUGUUAGCUCAACUAUUGGCCAAGAGCGUGUUGUCGCCGCGACGAAAUGGCUCAAAGACAAUGGAAAAAAGGCAUUCCUUGGAGAGUUUGCGGGAGGCGCUAAUUCCGUCUGUCAAAGUGCCGUGACUGGAAUGCUCGAAUACCUGCAAGCAAACAGUGACGUUUGGCUCGGUGCAACUUGGUGGGCUGCUGGCCCUUGGUGGGGAAACUAUAUUUAUAGUUUUGAGCCUCCUUCAGGAACUGCUUAUGUCUAUUACAUGGACCUUCUCAAGAAGUACUUCCCAGGCUCAGCCGGUGGGAUUUCUACAACCACUGCCACUGCUACUAUUACGGCCACAGCAACCAAAGCUACAAGUACGACAACUACUAAGACUACAGCCACUACAACAGCGUCUGGAUCGACAGCGGUAGCUCAGCACUAUUCUCAAUGUGGUGGCAUUGGAUGGAACGGAGCUACGUCCUGUUCCAGCCCUUACACCUGCCAGAAGCAGAAUGACUACUACUCGCAGUGUCUAUAG